UAAAUUAAGCAAAAAUUUUACAAAAUAUUUUCGUUAAUACAUAAUUUUAAGCGACAAAAUGUUCAAAAUUACGCCAUUCAAUAACCGAUUUUGCCGCCUGGUGCGCAAGUCCUUUGUGCUCGGCGGUAGCGAAUGUAAUAUGUACUCGAUCUGGAACUUCUGUCCCAUGAGUCGUUGGAACACACUCAAGGACUUGUUAUUUAGCUGUGGCCUAUGCCGAUCCGAAUGGUUCCCCAUCAUAUAUUGGCUGGUCCUCUCCCUAAGCCUGUUAGGGGCCAUCUCCAGUUUGGUGGAGUUCGUGCGCAUCUACUGCUGCCCCAAUUAUCGUAUCAGCAUGUGGAGGGAGCGCAAGUUUUAUGUUCUCAGUUACGACGUGUUGCGAAAGGGGCGUCUCGUCGGCUCCUUCAUCAUGAUUAAUGCUUGGAUAAUGCUUUUCUAUGGGCUGAUGCGUACUUCGCCAAUACAUAUGGUACCCUGGAUAUCGUUGAAUGUUUUCAUGCUGAGCUUCGAGUUCACUCUGUGGAUCAUCGAGGUAAUGUCCGGCCGCCUAAUUUUGGAAAUGAACAUGCUUGUAUCCCUGAUGCUACCAUUCGGCACUCUAUUGCUAGUCAAAUGCAUCAAAGGCGUAUUCGAGAACGCCAUCAGGGAUAAUGCCGUGGAGUCCUUGCGCCUCUUCUCGUAGCACAAUCCAGCCUCCAAUCACGGUUAUUGUCCACAUUAUAGUUUUAUUUAGAGCAUUUUUUACCCAUCAAAACGUUUUUAUAUAACACUUGAUAUAUUUAUUAAAGAAGUGUGACUCCAUUA